GCGCUCAGCGGGCUGCGCGGAGGCGGCAAGGCGGCGCUGGGGGCCUGGCUCGGGCGGCAGCUGCGGCUGCUGCGGAUGGGAGCGGGCCGGCUCGGCGCGCCUAUGGAGCGCCAGGGCAAGGCUGCCGCCACCUCAGCCGCGGCCGGCGAGUCGACGUCUGCGGACCCCGAAGCGCGGAGGCGGGAGCCGCUCAGGCGCCGGGCGAGUAGCGCGGCGCCGCCGGGGUCCGGGGCGGAGGAGGGCGUGAGACGGGAGCGGCCGGGCUCCCUCGGCGGCUCCGCCUCGGCCGCCCGCCCGCGCGGCGAGGGCCUCCGGAAGAGGCGGCCGCUUUUUCCAUGGUUUGGCUUGGAUAUUGGUGGAACCCUGGUCAAGCUGGUUUAUUUUGAACCUAAAGACAUCACUGCUGAAGAAGAAAAGGAGGAAGUGGAGAGUCUGAAAAGCAUUCGGAAGUACCUGACCUCCAAUGUGGCUUAUGGAUCAACAGGAAUUCGGGACGUGCACCUCGAGCUGAAGGACCUGACUCUGUGUGGACGCAAAGGCAAUCUGCACUUUAUACGCUUUCCCACUCAUGACAUGCCUGCUUUUAUUCAAAUGGGCAGAGAUAAAAACUUCUCGAGUCUCCACACUGUCUUUUGUGCCACUGGAGGUGGAUCAUACAAAUUUGAGCAGGAUUUUCUCACAAUAGGUGAUCUUCAACUUCGAAAACUGGAUGAACUAGAUUGCUUAAUAAAAGGAAUUUUGUACAUUGACUCAGUUGGAUUCAAUGGACGGUCACAGUGCUAUUAUUUUGAAAACCCUGCUGAUUCUGAAAAAUGUCAGAAGCUACCAUUUGAUUUGAAAAAUCCAUACCCUCUGCUUCUGGUGAACAUCGGCUCAGGGGUUAGCAUCUUAGCAGUCUAUUCCAAAGAUAAUUAUAAGAGGGUCACAGGCACCAGUCUUGGAGGAGGAACUUUCUUUGGUCUCUGCUGUCUUCUUACUGGCUGUAGCACUUUUGAAGAAGCACUUGAGAUGGCGUCUCGUGGGGAUAGCACCAAAGUGGACAAAUUAGUUCGAGACAUUUAUGGAGGAGACUAUGAGAGGUUUGGCUUGCCAGGUUGGGCUGUGGCUUCAAGUUUCGGAAACAUGAUGAGCAAGGAGAAGAGAGAGGCUGCCAGUAAGGAGGACCUUGCCAGAGCAACUUUGAUCACCAUCACCAACAACAUUGGCUCCAUAGCAAGAAUGUGUGCCCUUAAUGAAAACAUUAACCAGGUCGUAUUUGUCGGCAAUUUCCUGAGAGUCAACACAAUCGCCAUGCGGCUUCUAGCGUAUGCUCUGGAUUACUGGUCUAAGGGGCAGCUGAAAGCACUGUUUUCAGAGCAUGAGGGUUAUUUUGGAGCUGUUGGUGCACUCCUUGAGCUGUUGAAGAUACCCUGACAGUUACCCAGAGGACUUCCUGAAUCCUGCCACAGGGACAUCUGUGGACUUGUUGGAUUUUUUUGUUUUUUUAAAGAGACUCAAGUUUUAUGAUCGUGUACUACUCAAAUCAGAGCAAGAAACAAAUGUAUUUUUCUAAGUCAUCAAGAUAAAUUUCUAAAAUUCUAA